UACUUGCAGUUUCAAUACGACAGUAUACAAACGAUUCAUCGAGAAAAUGCUUAGAUCCAAUUCUGGACCAAAAUCCUUUGCAAGACCUCGGCCUUCAGGAGGUAUGUACUCUUCUUCAAAGAAGUCCAAACAAAGGUGUGAGAGACCUUUGUCCCCUGAAGACCUCAACCCUCCCACCAUCUUGAGGGAGCACGGACGAAGGGGUGAGAAACCUUUGUCUAGUGGAGGCACCAACCCUUCUUUAACCAUGAAGGGGCACAAGCAUUGGGGUGAGGGCCCUUUGUCUUGUGCAGAGAACCCGCCCUCUACCACCAGGCAGCAAGAACGAAAGGAUGUGAGCUCUUUGUUCUUUGUUGGCACCAACCCUUCUACCACCAUGAAGAAGCACCGGCAAAAGGGUGAGGGCCCUUUGUCUUGUGCAGAAAACAAGGCCUCUACCACCAGGCACAAACUACUAAGGGCUGUGAGAUUUUUCUCUUCUGAUGAAGUCAAGUCUUUUACUCCAAUGCGGAAACAAGCAUGGAGGAGUGAGAGCCCUUUGUCUUCAUCUUCUGAAGACGACCAGCCUUCUACCACGAGGAGGCAGCAACAACAAAGUCCUGUGUCCUUCAUAGAGAUCAGCCUUUCUACCACCUUGAGUCAGGAUGGACAAAGUGGUGGCAGCCCUUCUUCUUCUGAUGAAGUCGAGCCUUUUGCUCCAAUGCGGCUUCAGGCAUGGAGGAGUGACAACUCUUUGUCUUUCUCUUCUGAAAAAGACAAGCCUUCUACUCCAAGGCGGCAGCAGCAUGGAAUGGUGAGACCUUCUACCACCUUGAGUCAGGAUGGACAAAGUGGUGGCAGCCCUUCUUCUUCUGAAGAAGAGGAGCCUUCUACUGCAAGGCGGCAGCAGUCAUGGAGGGGCGAGAGCUCUUCCUCUUCUGAAGAAGACGAGCCUUCUAAUACAAGAAGGCAGCAACAACAAAGUCCUGUGUCCUUCAUAGAGAUCAGCCUUUCUACCACCUUGAGUCAGGAUGGACAAAGUGGUAGCAGCCCUUCUUCUUCUGAUGAAGUUGAGCCUUUUGCUCCAAUGCGAAUUCAGGCAUGGAGGAGUGAGAGCUCUUUGUCUUCAUCUGAUGAAGACGACGAGUCGGCUAAUAGCUUUUUAUCCAUCCAUCUGAGUGCAAGAGGGAACUUAGGGGAUGCACGACAAAAUGAGGCCACAGAAAGAGUAAAAAGAGAAAGAGAGAGGUGUGAAAAGAUCAAGAACAAGAACCAGGAAGAGGAGAGGAAAACCUUUGGUCUGCUUUCAAGGAUCUACAUUUGGUGGCUCAACCGCAAGAUAGACCGCAUUGCUAGAGAAAUCCAGUCAACCGUCGUGGAUGAGCGCAACCUCCUGCGUCACGGUCACCUCGGUAAUUCAAAGAAAAUGGCAGAAAAAGAACGACUGCUUGACCGAAGGACUAAGCUGGUUGUGUACAAACGCAGACAAGAAUUUAAGGUGGAGAGGGAAGUGAGGAGGCAAAGACUGAAGGUAAAGAGGACGGAAGAAAAGGUUUCGAAGAUGGAGAAUAUCUCAGAGUUAUGCGAAAACCCAGAAAGGCCAAAGCCAGACAGGCGUAGACUUAAUUUAUAUAGCGUUUAAGAGAAAAGGAGAGCAAUCAGACAAAUGGCACCAAAUAGAAAGAGAUUUGACAAAACUGAAGUAAAGAAAUAUAAAAAAUUCUAUUAAAACAUUUGCAACCACCAUCAAAUAUCCUCCCAACCACCUGAUAACACCCUAGAUGCUUUAAUUCAAUUACAAAACGAUUAGCCCCCCUUAUGAAAUUAUACAAAUCUCUUGAUUUCUCCAUGGAAAUGACCAUUAACAUCAAGUGUUUAUAGUGUAUUUGUUUUCAACAUGACAAAGACAAAAUGUCCACUAAGUUUGAUUGGGAUAUUUUAUUGAGUUAAAACAAGAAAGGGCAAAAAUGAGACGUCCAAAAUGAUUAGCCCCCAGGCCAUUAUUAUAUCAUAUUAAAGGCCUGGGGGCUAAUACUAUAUUCAUAGUGUACCCUUUCUGAGCCAUAACUGACAACAAGCUCUUAGAGUAGUUCUUUACUAGGUUGGCUCAGGUCUCCUGAGGGAUUUUGGCCCAUUCUAUUGCAAAUUGUUCCAGCUGGUCCAAAUUGCGUGGUUUCCGAGUGUGGACAUUAACUUUGAGGACCCGCCACAGAUUCUCAAUAGGAUUGAGGUCUGGGCUCUCUGCGGGCCAGUCCAGGACCUUGGUUUUGGUAUCAUUCAGGAACUGUUGGACCAAUUUCGAUGUAUGCUUUGGGUCAUUGUCUUGUUGGAAGACCCAGCGACGAUGAAGGAUAGACUACAGAUUUCUGCAUAUUAUCCGUCAAAAUUUCAACAUAAUUUUCCUUUUCCAUGAUGCCAUGCACCCGAACAAGGCUCCCUGUACCUGAGGCUGCAAAACAGCCCCACAGCAUGAUGCUCCCCCCACCAUGUUUAACUGUGGGAACCGUGUUCUUAGGGUUGAAGGCCUCUCCCUUUCUUCGCCAAACAUAAGCAACAUCCAUGUGCCCAACCAGUUCCAGUUUAGUCUCAUCAGACCCAAGCGUAGACUUCCAAAACUCAUCUUUACCUUUCAAAUGUUCACUGGCAAACCUCAGUCUGGUUGUGAUGUGCCGCUCUUUGAGUAAAGGGGUUCUUCUGGGACGAUGGCCCUGAAGCCCACCACGAUGAAGAGCCCUCACGUCUGUGUUCCUUGAAACAUCAACUCCAGAAGAGGCCAGGUCAGCAACAAUCAUCAUUGCAGAUGUCCGUGGCUUCUUGCUGACAUCUCAGACUAUUUUCCUCUCCAGAGUUCUUGCGUGUGCUUACGACCACGCCCAGGUUUGUUUCUUGCAGAAUUUGUCUCCUUGUACUUGCAACGUACAGGAAUGGCUAUACUUCAAUUUCCAAAUGCUUGGAAAUGGCAGUAUAACCUUCCCCCUUAUCAGCGUCCACUCUCUUCUUUCUGAGCUCAAGACUUAUUUCCUUUGUCUUUGGCAUGGUGAGUAAAUGUAGUUGUAGUAGUAGUUUUAUUUUAUUUAAUUAUAUCAAGUUUUAUUGAGGCUUUGUGCCAGACGUGUUAUAGCCCAAUGUGUUGUGUGGGCAGCUGUUGUCUUCCUGUGUGUGUCUCCUCCCUUUUCCCCCCACUGUGUCUGUGUGUGUGUAUGUGUGUACGGCCGGUCGAUCUACCUCUCUGCACAGCUGCUGGCUAUUCCACUUACCGACUCCAAGUAUUUAUUCCUGGGCGAAGCUCCCCCCCGGCGCCAGAUCGAUGCACCUACCAGUGUGACCUCCAGACCUGUUGCCGUGGCUCUUCACGCUCAAGCCUUCCUACCUUCCCGCUUGGAUUCCAGAAAGAAAGUUUGGAUCCAGCACUGCCUGCCCUCCUCGGCCCCUAUCCAGCUCGGAUAGGGGCGGAGCCUACCUUGUGUUUUCUGUCCUCGGCUGCUAAAGAAACUACAAUGUUGGAAACCGAGAACUACACGCCUGGACCCGCCAUAAAAGCUUGGCAUUCAUCCAAUCCACCAAAAGACUCAACUCACGUCAAGCCAGGGUGCCAUUCCCAAUCCAUGGGUCGGACUGAGAGAGCCAACCAGGACCUAGGAGCAUCCCUUUGUUGUGUGUCUGCUCAGCGUCCGUCUUCCUGGGCCAACAUCUCCCGUGGAUAGAGGAUGCCAACAACUCCACUAGCUUCCCACCUUUCGAGGUCGCCCUUGGAUACCAACACCCCCCCUUGUUUCCUGUUCAGGAGAGGAAAUUGGCUGUUCCCUCGGUUCAGGAGAACCUAAAGUAAAGUUUGAAGCGACGCCCGGGAAGCCCUGCUCAACGAAGCAAAACUCACCACCGGCUGCAGAU